AUGAACUUCGGAGCUGGACCUUCUUCCUCUUCCACCUCCCGUGGACAAGGUGGACCGACUAACAAUGCACCUGUAACGGUUCCUCUCAGUAUCGACUUACUUAACAAAUUCCGUCCUUCAAAACAUUUCAAAGAUGCUCUGGAUCCCGAAUCAUCCACUUCCACACCUACGUCCUUCCUCGAUCAGCAGUCUCAGGCAGGGGGUGUAAAGAACAUAACUAGUUUGAGCUUUGAUGAUACGGGUGAUAGACUUGUUACAGCUGGGAAUGAUGAUAUGUUCGUAUUGUGGGAUUGUAAGAAAGGAAAAAAGAUCAAACCCCUCUAUUCGAGGAAAUACGGUAUAGAUCUACCUCGGUUCACCCACAAGACAGGAACGAUUGUUCACGCAUCUACGAAAGGCGAUGAUCAUGCGGUUAGGUAUCAUUCGAUGCAUGAUAACAAGUAUCUGGCGUAUUAUAAAGGACAUACCGCUAGAGUUCGAUCGGUCGAUAUGAACCCUCUGGACGAUACGUUCAUCACUGCUGGAGAUGAUGGGACGGUCAGAUUAUGGGAUUUGAGAGCUUCGGGAUGCAAGGGUCUGGUCAAGGAUGUUGGGGGAUCAGCAAUUGCAGCGAUGGAUAAUCAGGGGAUAGUAUUCGCUGUGGCUUGUUCAGAUACUCAGACUGUCAUGAUGUAUGCAACCAGUACAAUGGAUAGGAUACCAUUCAGCUUUGUACCACUCAACGAUAUCAACUUUGCUCGAGAUUCUAUUCCACCUCCUAAACCAAUAUUCACAUCUAUACAGUUCUCUUCCAAUGGUGAAUACCUGUUGAUUGGCACUUCCUCCGACGUACAUUAUCUUCUUGACGCGAUUGACUUGGUCCUCCUAAGGAGAUUGGUGGGACAUCAAGGAUUGGAGAGAGAUAAAACGGGGAAUAAAGGACAUUUACCUAGGAGAGGAUCAAGUGGAGAAGAGAUUUCAUUCACUUCUGAUUCAAAAUUUGUCGUGGGAGGUUCAGCAGAUGGUAACAUUCUAUUUUGGGAUUUGUCCAAUGAUAAAGGAGGAGAAGACAAGUUGACUAGAGUAGAAUUGGAAAAUGGUCAAAAGGAAGCUAAAUCGAUUCCAUGGCAUACGAUGCCUAUACCAGAUUUACAAGCGAAGGUCGUUUUGAGAGGUUCAACGGGAACGGGAAUGAGUAGAGCAGUAAAAUUUAAUCCGAGGCUACAGAUGUUUGCGGUGGGUGGUGAAGACUUGACCUUCUGGAUCCCGGAGAAAGACGAAGAUGCAAAGAUACAAGAGGGCUGGUGA